AUGGCGCUGACUCUCUACAUCGGCAACAAGCGCUACUCAUCUUGGUCCAUGCGACCAUGGGUCCUACUCAAAGCCCUCAACAUCCCAUUUGAUGAGAAGCUCCAACUGUUCAAACCCGGCCAGCGUCAACCCGAGUUCCUCAAGUUCUCGCCCACAGGCAAGGUGCCUUGCCUCUAUGACUCCGAGCGCAAGGACGUCGCUAUCUGGGACUCUCUCGCCAUUUGCGAAUAUAUUGCCGAAAAGCAUCCUGCCGCAUGGCCCAGUGACCCUGUCGCCCGUGCCUUUGCCAGGUCUGCUGCAUCGGAAAUGCAUUCAAGCUUCCCAACCAUUCGCGAUGAGUGCUCCAUGAAUGUUGCUCUGCGUAUUGAGCUGAGAGAGCCCAGCGAAGGACUCAAGCGCGACCUGGAGAGAUUUACGACCUUGUUCAAUGACGGCAUACAGAGAUUCGGCGGCCCAUUUUUGGCCGGCGAUUCUUUUACUGUUGCUGAUGCUUUUUAUGCCCCCAUCGCUUCAAGAGUCAAGACAUAUGGUAUCAAGCUUGAGGGUGCGGCGGGUGAGUACUUGGAAAGAUUGUAUGAGCACCCGGCCAUCCAGGAAUGGAUCAAGGAGGGCAUUGAGGAGACGGCGAGAGAGCCGUACCAUGAGGAAGACUGUGUUAGAGGACGCAAGGUCUUGGAAGAUUUUUGCAAAUAA